GCAGGCAGCGUGCGAUUGCGAAGCAGCUUCCUCUACUGACCCCACCAAAUGGUACUGCCGUUAAUCCGAACUCUCUUCUUCAUUUACACUGAGAAAUUACAGUUCCACAUCCUCCCUUCAAUCAUAUCUCCAGAUCCAACCAACAUCAUCUCAACAAAACCACAAUCUACCAUGGAAACCGGAAACUCCACCCAGGAACACUCCCAAACCAAAAAGAACAUCUUCAUACUCUCCGGCCAGAGCAACAUGGCCGGCCGCGGCGGCGUCAGGAACCACCACUGGGACGCCGCCGUGCCCCCCGAGUGCCUCCCCGACCCCUCCUCCGUCCUCCGCCUCGACGCCCACCUCCACUGGCAGCCGGCGCGCGAGCCGCUCCACGCCGACAUCGACGCCAAGAAGACGUGCGGCGUGGGGCCCGGGAUGUCGUUCGCCAACGCCGUCAAGGAGCGCGUGGGGGUAAUCGGGCUGGUUCCUUGCGCCGUCGGCGGGACGGCGAUCAAGGAGUGGGCGCGUGGGAAGCACUUGUACGAGAGUAUGGUGAGGAGGGCGAAAGCGGCGGCGGGCCACGGCGAGAUUAAGGCGGUGCUGUGGUACCAAGGAGAGAGUGACACGUCGUCCCAACACGAUGCUGAGGCGUACAAGGUUAAUAUGGAGACACUCAUUCAUAAUGUGCGCCUGGAUCUUCACUCUCCUUCGCUCCCAAUAAUUCAGGUUGCAAUUGCAUCAGGAGGGGAGAAGUAUAUGGAGACGGUGAGGGAGGCCCAAAAGAGCAUUGAUCUGCCCAAUGUGGUGUGGGUGGAUGCCAAGGGGUUGGAACUUGGCCUAGAUAACCUGCACCUAACCACAGGGGCCCAGGUUCAAUUGGGCCACAUGUUGGCUGAUGCCUAUCUGAAGCAUUUUGGUUCUACUCAACAACCAAUUUCUUACCCGGGGGACUGUCACGAAUCCAGGGAUUUGUGAAAGUAAAAUAAUUAUGUUCAAGUGAAAGUAAAACAAAUGAUGUCCAGGCGCUCUAUUAUCAGGCGUGAUGUUUAACUUUGAGCUUGAUAAUUGUAACUUGUAGCUUUUCCUUCUCCUUUGUCCUCCUACUAUACUAUCUGGAAAAGAUUGAUUGGUGGUCUUUUCUUGUAGGAUGUAAUGCAAGUGGUGCAAAUGGUCUUUUCUUGUGCCUUCAGUAAUGUUAUGGCCUUUGUAACAUUUUUGAGUACCUGAUGUGGUUCUUUACAUGCUCUAUUUUGUCCAA